AUGCCCAAGGGCGCGAAGGGAAGGGGCAGAGGAGGCAAGGGCAAGAAGGCGGGGAGGGGCAAGGCGGGCGGGGAGGGCGGCCAGGCGGCCGGCAGCGCGGGCAAAAACAAGGACUGGAAGAAAGGCAGAAAAUGGAAAAAGGAUCUGGAAGAUGACCUAUUGGACAUGGGUCUAAGGGUUAAACAUGUCGAACCUGAUGGCAACUGCUUCUUCAGGGCAUUGGGGGAUCAGAUUGAGGGCGACAUAUCUGACCAUCGAUCAAUACGAGCUGCUGUGGUGCAGUACAUUGAAGAUCACCGUCCAGAGUUCGAACCUUUCAUAGAAGAUGAUGAGGACUUUGAGGACUAUUGCUCAAGAAUGCGAGAGGGGAGCACCUGGGCUGGGCACUUGGAGGUGCAGGCAGCUUCGCUGCUGUACAAGGUGGACAUUAACAUCUUCCAGCACAAUGCACCAUCGUUGUGCAACAAGAACGCCACUUCCGUCCGCACGGUGCACCUGUCCUACCAUGACAAUGACCACUACAACAGCGUCAGGCUGGCCAACGACUUUGGCAGGGGACGCCCAGUGGCUGUGGAGCUUCAGGCGGAUGGUGCCAAACCUGGGCAGGAAAAUACACCUGGCAGUGAGUGGGGCCCACUCGAGGAGAAGAUCGUGGCGGAGAACACAGGGUGCAAGGACAGUGGUGCUGUGCGGCUGCAUUUAGAGGCUUGCGGUGGCGAUGUGGACCGCGCGGUGGAGCGAAUCAUCAGCUGGAUGAACAGCCAAAUCGACAAAGAUGAGCAGCCGUCCGGGAGCAAUGGGAAAUGCAUGUCCCAAAAAGCGGAUGCUGGCGGCGUCGAUGGUGGAAGUGGUGGCAAUGGCAACCUGCUGCAAGAAGAGUCCACGUUAGACGCAGCAGCACUUGAAGCGCAUGUGUUCAACGAUGAACUACCGCUGGGGUCGUUGUUUGUAGACGAAUCUGAGGACGGGGUGCGUGUGGAGGAUGCAGAAAAUGCAGAGGGUGCAGAAGAUGCAGAUGUAGAAAAUACAGAACUUACUGAGAAGGCACAGAAUACUGAGACCGCAAAGCGAGAGGAGAGGAAAGAAGGCGGCGUGGAAGGGGAUGGAAAAGGCGGAGAGAAGCAGUCCCCCAAGGCAGCGAAUGGGGGCCCCAGCGGGAGGUCGGCCAAAGGCAAUUGGAAUUCCAAGCCCUCGAACAACAAACCUUGCCCUUGUGGCAGCCGCCGCAAAUACAAGAACUGCUGCAAGACCCGGGAUUUGGCGCGGAUCAGGAGGCAGAGAGCGAGGGAGGAGAUGGGCAUCGAGGAUGGCGGAGCUGACGAGAAGCGGCUGAGCAUGUUGUACAUAUAG